AUGUAUUUCAAUGGAUACUAUCAUCUGUUUUAUCAGUACAAUCCAAAAGGUGCUGUGUGGGGCAAUAUUGUUUGGGCUCAUUCAGUCUCAAAGGAUUUGAUUAACUGCAGCACAGACAAAUGGCUGCAGGCGGAUGUGGAUGUAACCUUCUCGUUCAACAGCUUGGACAAGGCUGAGCCUUUUGAUCCAAGCUGGGAUAGAUAUGAUGCACAAAAGCUUUGCAGCCAAAAGGGGUCAACAGUUGAAGGUGGAUUAGGACCAUUUGGGCUGUUGACAUUGGCUUCAGAAAACCUGGAGGAAUACACCCCCGUGUUCUUCAGAGUUUUCAAAGCACAAGACAAUCAGCACCUCGUCCUUAUGUGCUCAGAUGCAUCACGGUCCACACUAAUGAGUGGCAAGUCUUCGAUGAAGGAGGGGAAGGAUCCAUACAGACCAUCAUUCGCAGGAUUCGUAAACGUUGACUUGAAAGAUAAGAAGAUCUCUCUCAGGAGUUUGAUUGAUAAUUCUGUUGUUCGGGUUUAUCCAACUCUAGCAAUUUAUGACAAAGCACAUCUGUACGCAUUCAACAAUGGGACUGAGACUGAGCGUGGAGCAUGA